AUGCCUGGAGCCAAUCCGCCAACGACCCAUCCCGAUGAUGGCUGGCCGUUCCGCGCAACCAACAACUGGUCUCGUGACAAGAGCGUGGUGGGAUCCGUUGACUUACACGCUCACGACACUGGCAAGAUCAUUCGUCACAGCGGCCAAGGAUGGGUGGAAGUGAGCAUCCCACGCCGCAGAAUCGGCCGUGGCGUGGUGCCGAAGUCCUACAUCGAAGUUGGUACGGACAACAAAUGGGGCGAGUGGAAAGUCAAUGUCACCGUCACUCUCACGGUUCCAAAGCCACCGUCUGUGAAUUUGCCAACCGGCUCGGUCCUGUACAAGACAGUCUAUGCAUUACUCCACGACAUUCGCGCCAGCAGUGCGAAUCUCGAGGAGCUGUCUGGGAGGUCCAAGAGCCUUCUGGGUGAGCACGGUGGCAGCAAUGAUCCCAUCAAGAGGAUCGCGGGGGCUCUUUGCGAGGGAGCUCAGAAAGCAGGCACGUUCAACGUUUUGAACAAACCCAACUUCACGGAACGCGACCUCUUUUCGCAAGCGAAGCUCGUUGGGGCCAUAGACAAGAGAGCAAAGCAGAUUGGAGGCAUAUACGCUUGGAGACACUCCGGUUUCAAAGACGUCACGCACAAACCUGCGAUAGCUGUGGGGUCCACGAUUGACUUCCCCCAACGAAAAGGGGGACAUGCUACCCAGUCGAAGACUGACACCGCCCCACAAUACAGGGCUUGGCGAGCUUCCACGGUACAUCAGAUGUAUGCGUUGAUUGAGCUGUCGAUUGGGCGCGACGAUCGCGAAGAGAUGUAUUGGAUUGAGCUGGUGAUGUUUCUCCUGCUGGACUCUUACCACCCUGGACUCUUCGCUAUGUCGAUCGAAGAGAAGAUGCGUGAGAAGUACACUACCGAAGAGGAAGACGGUUCUGGGAAUGCUCCUCGCAAUGAAGAUGAUCCUCCGGGCACGACAACUGAGAAGGUCAUAUCAGCUGUCACAUGGGCAAUCAUAGCCAAGAAGCUUCGUGCGAUCAUGGAUGGUGUGAGACAACGCACGGGAUGGCAGAGAAGAGGGUAUCUUGGUACUACUGGUCUCAACUGGGCAUCACCGGGUGGUGGACCUGUAUCGAAAAGAGGCCUCCAAAUCAAUGCAACGUUACACAACCAAGAGCGGCGGCGCGGCGUAUACUAUCCAAGACUUGCUGCCGAGAGGACCAACUGGUGA